AUGUCCUCAUGCUUGUCCCACUAUGGCCGGGCGAUGGAGGAUGGGAUGGUCCGGCUUUUUUACAACUAUGGUCUACUUGUUGGCAAGCAUCCCAAAUACUUCCUCUGGGGCUCCAUUAUCUUCACCCUCAUGUGCCUGCCCGGAUUCGCCAGACUCGAUAUGAAUCUCGAUUUGUAUAAGCUUUUCGUGCCGACUGACGCUCCAGUGAGGAUAGAAUUCGAGCGGCAGCAGGAAUUUAACCGAAUCCCUGCUGGCGAUUUUGGUGAUGGAGUAGUACCUACAACUACCCAAGCGCCACCCAGAAGCAAACGAGAAGCCGGAGAGGAAUGGUCCUGGGAUUUGGACAAUUUUAGUUUUGGACCUGGAAGUAUCAAGAAGGCAUCCGCCCGAAUCCAGCGAGCCACCGACUUCUCGCAGCUGAACGACAUCCACAAGCUCAACUUCACCGGCCAUCAUUCCGAGGCUUCACUCCGCAGCCGUCGCGACAUUGUCGACCCGGCCCCAAAACGUAAAACGAAUGCCGGCAAGAAGAAGCGCCAGCAGCGCGCAAAGAAUGAUGCGACUGUCCACGGCCUCAAAAACGACAUCCUCCGCUUCUACGUCAUCCACAAGGACUUUGACAACCUGCUCCAAUCGAAAUACCUUGGAUUACUGUGGAAAUACACGAACGAGAUGAUGAGCACUACGGCCAUGAGCGGUGAAGAAAAGUUUGAUCUCGAAGACUUUUGCCGAAAAGAGGCUAAGGAUACGAAGUGCAACAACAACCUAAACGUCUGGCUAAAGCACGCCGACACCCUCUUCAAGGAUGGAAAAAUUCGCAACAACCCCAACCUCCAGCUCUCAUAUCCCGUUAUGUACCUCUUCAACCGGCCGAAGGACAUCGGAAAUGUUAUUUACGGUGUGGAUGUGGUCGGCGAGAAGAACGAGAUUAUCGGCGCUCGAGUGCUGACGAUUCAUUGGUUUAUCACGUUCCCGAAUACCCCGAAAUACAAUGACGCUUACUCUAUCUUCCGCGACAAACUCAACGAGUUCUGGAGUUCCAAAGAAGAGGAGAGCGGUUUUACCUUCGUGGCUCACAAUGAACGCGCCAUGGACGAUGAAAUGUUGAAAAUUAUCUGGGCCGUCGUACCCUAUGCUUUCCCAUCGACCGUCUGUCUGACCCUCUUCGUGAUUUUCGCCAACUGGAGUACCAACAUUAGGAAAAACAAACCGCUGGAGAUGUGCAUGGGGGUGUGGUGCAUUAUCUUUGCCCUCAUCCAAACCUUCGGCAUCUUCUUCGCCUGUGGCGUCAAGUUCAACCCGGUCACCUCAACCAUGCCGUUCUUGAUUUUGGCUAUAGGUGUGGACGACGAUUUCCUCAUGAUGGCCGCUUGGCGAGAGUUGGAUCCAAAGAUGUCGGUUAGGAGGAGAGUUGCGUUGGUGAUGGCCGAUGCUGGGGCUUCGAUCACUUUUACUUCGUUCACCAACUUCUUCUGCUUCGGCCUCGGAUACUACCUCUGCUCUACGCCGGCCGUCGCCGAGUUCUGCUUGAUUACUUCCGUUGGAGUCAUCUUCGACUACAUCAUGCAGAUCACCUUCUUCGCCGCCGUCAUCACGCUCUCCGGGCGGAAUGAGAAGCAUGGAGGGCUUUCGAUGUGCUGCUACACGCGUUGUGGUUGCUGCUGCCCUUGUAUUCUGCCCAAGGCCAUUGAAGCUGGUGGAGCAGAGUCGCAAGAAUGUUCAGACGACUCGGUCGAUUCCGAUGAUAUCGACCCUAACCACCACGCGAAGGCCGCAAAUAUUCCCUACAUGCACCGCUGGUUCCGUGACGUCUACGCUCCGUUCAUUUUGAGAAAGGACGUGAAGGUCGCCUCUUGGGCCAUUUUCGCUAUCUACGCUGCCCUUGGCAUGUACGGAUGUUGUAUAUUGAGGGUCGAUAUCUCGCCAGUCAAAUACAUUCGUGACAACUCGCCAAUUCAGACGUUCGUCAGGCUGGCUGACAAAUACAUCUGGGCCGACAACGUCAUGCCCUCAUUCCACGUCAUGAACCCACCUGACCUCCGUGAUGCCACCCAAAGAGCAAAGUUCAAUGAACUAGUCUUCCGACUCGAGCACACCAACUACUCCAUCGGACGUGUAUCUACGAACCUGUGGAUCUGGGAAUAUCAAAAUUACCUCAACGACUUCCCGGAGAUUGGCUAUAACGAGUUCUACAGCAAGGAGCACAUGAAGAACUUUUUCAACCAGAUGGACUAUGUGCAGUACAGAGACAAGGUCAAGAUCAACAGCAAUGCUACCGGAAACGAGCCUUGCAUUACCGCCUUCUCUUUCCAGACCUCAUUCUACGGCCUGAACUCCUGGGACAAACGACAAUCCGAGCUGUUCCACUGGCGAGAAAUUAUCUCGGAGUACCCUGAAUUUGACAUCUUUUUGGCCGGCAUUUUCAGUCCCUUCCUAAUCGAUCAGCGCCGAACGAUCGCUCCCUCAACUAUGCAGACUGUCGGUUGCGCGCUUUUGGUGAUGCAGAUCAUCUGCUUCUUCUUCCUGCCUGAUGCGCAAUCCGUUUUCAUCAUGACCUGGUCACUGCUCUCAAUCUCCAUGGGUGUCUGCGGUGGACUUGCCCUUGCAGGCUCGGAUUUAGACUCUGUGUCAAUGGGCUGCAUCGUAAUGGCCAUCGGUCUAGCCGUCGACUAUUCCAUCCACAUCUGCUAUCGCUAUCACCGAUCGGAGGUCCGGCGUGCCGACGAAAAGGUGAAAGACACGCUGGCCUCCGUCGCCUGGCCAAUUAUGCAGGCCGUCGGAUCUACGCUAUCAGCCACUGUUUGCCUGAUCGUGGUCCCGGCCUAUCUUAUUCGAGUGUUUUUCCAGACCGUCUGGCUGGUGAACAUCAUCGGCCUUUUCCACGGCCUAGUCCUCCUACCCCAAAUGAUUUCCAUGCUCGACCCGGAUCUGGAGACGGAGACGGUCAAGGAGGACACGGACAAAGCCAACAAGCCCAGGAUGCCGAACAUCAAGAUCUUCUCCGGCUCAUCCCACCCAGAGUUGGCUGCCCGCAUCUGCGACCGGCUGCAGCUCGACGUCAGCAAGGCCUCGCUGAAGAAGUUCUCGAACCGCGAAACGAAUGUGGAGAUUGGGGAAUCGGUUCGUGGCGAAGAUGUCUUCAUCAUCCAAUCGGCUUGUGGUGAAAUCAAUGACAACCUGAUGGAGCUGCUCAUCAUGAUAAACGCGUGCAAGAUAGCUUCAUCAUCUCGCGUUGCCGCCGUCAUCCCGUGCUUCCCGUACGCUCGUCAGGACAAGAAGGACAAGUCUCGUGCCCCGAUCUCGGCCAAGCUUGUCGCCAAUAUGCUGUCAGUUGCUGGCGCCGAUCACAUCAUCACGAUGGACCUCCACGCUUCACAGAUCCAGGGUUUCUUCGACAUUCCGUCGUCGGUCAUCGUUUCCCCGGAUGCCGGAGGAGCCAAACGUGUCACCUCGAUGGCCGAUCGGCUCAACGUCGAGUUUGCACUUAUUCACAAGGAGCGUAAGCGCGCCAACGAGGUUGAGAAGAUGACUUUGGUCGGCAACGUCGCCGAGAAGGUCGCCAUUCUAGUUGAUGACAUGGCUGACACUUGCGGUACGAUCUGUUUGGCCGCCGACAAGCUGGUGGAGGCUGGCGCGGAUAAGGUGUACGCCUUCUGCGUCCACGGCAUCUUCUCGGGGCCCGCUCUGCAGCGCCUCAACAACUCUGCCUUCGAGGCUGUUGUCGUCACCAACACCAUCCCGCAGGAGGAGAACAUGAAGAAAUGCCCCAAGAUCCAGUGCAUCGACAUCUCUAUGAUCCUCGCCGAGGCCAUCCGCCGUACCCACAACGGCGAAUCGGUCUCCUACCUCUUCUCCCACGUGCCGAUUUGC